GUUUAAUUUCAAUUCGGGUGUGGCAUAACUUUUGAAAUAAAAUAUUGUUUUAUCCGUGAGCGUGAGGUACAGCGUGAUCAACAUGAUUUGGCAUAAUGUAUUUGCAGUUAUUUCUUUGCUGCUUAUUUCGGUUAUCGUAGUAUUCGGGCUGGAAUGCUACGUUUGUGAAAACCAAGAAGAUAACAAUGAGAAAUGCGUGAAAUCCAUAAUGACUUGUCGAGAUUAUGAAGAUGUAUGUUUGACUAAGAUAAAAUGGGGCAGUCCGCCUUAUUGGUCUCAAGGGGCGAAGAAGCAAUACUACAUAUCGAAGUCUUGUUCGAGCAAGACCGAAUGCGCGGCGACCAGGCAGCGGUACAUGCCCACCUGCACCCAUAUCUGGUAUCAGGAUUGGGAAUGUUCGGAUUGUUGUCAAGGGGACCGGUGUAAUUACUAUAUCAUAAUUUGCCACUGUUUUUACAACCCGACCGAUAGCGGCGCCGUACAGAUUACGAAAAGUAACUUGGAUAUGGUAUUGGCUUCCAAUGAGGUGGUAUUUAUCAAUUUCUACGCUGAAUGGUGUAGAUUCAGCAACAUGCUGAUGCCUAUAUUUGAUGAUGCCUCAGACGAAGUGACCAAAGCUGGAUAUGACCCUGGCAAGGUAGUCAUGGGGAAGGUGGACUGUGACAAGGAAGGAGCGGUGGCAACCAGGUUCCAUAUAACAAAGUAUCCCACAUUGAAGCUUUUCCGUAAUGGGUUGCCUGCAAAGAAAGAAUACAGAGGUCAGCGAUCAGUAGAAGCAUUCUCGGACUUUAUCAAAAAACAGCUGACCGAUCCGGUCAUCAUGUUCACUUCUCUGAAAGAGCUUCAUGACCUAAGCGAAGACAAGAGACAUAUCAUUGGCUACAUGGAUCGCAGGGACCAGGAGGAAUACCAGGUGCUCAGGAGAGUGGCUGCCAGUCUCAAGGAUGAGUGCCUUUUCCAUGCUGGCUUUGGGGAUGCGUCGCAACAAAUGCAUCCAGCAGGCCAGCCUAUUGUUGUGUUUAGAACGGACCGAAAAAUGUCCGAAGAGCCAGAUGAAACCUACAAGGGCUCGCUCACCAACUUCGACGAGCUCUACAAAUGGGUACAAGAGAAGUGUAUCCCUCUAGUGCGGGAGAUCACCUUCGAGAACGCAGAGGAAUUGACGGAGGAGGGGCUGCCUUUCCUCAUCUUGUUCCACCAUCCUACUGACACGGAGAGUGUGAAGAAAUAUAAGGAGAUUAUUAAGAGAGAUUUGGAGUCUGAAAAACAAAAUGUUAACUUCCUAACGGCGGACGGCGUGCGGUUCGAGCACCCGCUGCACCACCUCGGCAAGUCCGUGUCCGACCUGCCGCUCAUCGCCAUCGACUCGUUCCGGCACAUGUACCUGUUCCCCAGCUACAGCGACAUGGAGAAGCCGGGGAAGCUGUACAUGUUCUUGCAAGACUUGUACUCGGGCAAACUACAUAGGGAAUUCCACUACGGCCCGGACCCGAACCAAAUAGCAGACAGCAACGACGUCAAAGUGACCACGCCCCCAGAAUCCACGUUCAAGAAGCUAGCGCCCUCCAAGAACAGAUACACUCUGCUGCGGGACGAGUUAUAAGGUUACUGUGA